GGACAAAAGCGCAAAUCCAGAACAAAGUUAGGGACUGGAAUAGUAUUUUACACUUCUAUCUCCCAAGUGCCAAACCUUUGUUAAGGGUUUAAACAGCAUUGCACCUCCAAUUCUUGGAGCAGCAGCAGCAGAUACACACAGAAAUUCAAUUCAAUUCACAAUUUUUUUCAUAAAAAAAAAAAAAUCAAUUUUUGUUUCUAAUUAUAAUUUAUUCAAUUUUGAAAAUGCCUUCAAAGAAGAAGAAUCAAAAAUCAGCAUCAAGACUUUCACAAUCAGAAGUUACUUCUACUACUACUCCAUCAGUUUCAUCGGACGGUGAAGAAUUCAGUGAAGAAGAGAUUAGAAGGUUCCGUCUUGAAGAAGCUUCUAGAAAGUUCCCGUCUUUGAUUUCGAAAACAGCUUUCAUUGGCCGAAUUUCGGAAGAUGCUGUUGAAACUGUGGAUACGAAAGGGUGUAAGAUUUGGCUUUCCGAAUCUUCCAUGCUUUCUUCUUCUAUUUCCCCUGGCUCCAUUGUAUCGGUGUCCCUUGCUUCUUCGAGGAAAAAUGCGAGUAACUUCCUGCUUAGCUCAUUAGUAGAUGAGUGUACAAGGCAUUUUGGGCUUGAGGAUACAGAAAACGUGGCUCAUGAAACAGGAAACUUCUUUGCUCUUGCGACUGUUUUCCCUUCUUGUAAGGUUUUAAAAGAUGGAGCACGAUUAUCUUCAAGCCUCUCAUGGAGUAUGGGUUCUCCUGCCUCAGGUAGAAUCAUUUUUGUUCAUCCUAUCGGGGAUCAUACCAUAAGGAGUAUUGCAAAUGGAAGCAAUCGACUGUCCAAUGAAAAAGUUAGUUCCCUUUCCGUUAGUAAAUGCGAGGAACUAUCUUUGUUGCUGGUAUCUCGUAAUGGAAAAUCUGUGAUAAACAGCUCCAUAUCCCCUCGAUAUUCAACCACUGAAACAAUAAAUGGUCGAGCUGAGUCUAUGAGGGUUUCAUCUCCAAGGACUCCAUUACACUCUCAUUCUAGACUUAAUUCUCCUGGCACCAGGGAGUUCAAUACGCCCAAGGAUCAAGAAUCAGUGUCAAUUUCUUCUGAUGUAGGUGGCACGUCUAGCAACAUAUUCAAUAUAAGAGAAGUUUUGGUAGAUGAGCAUUCAAAGAAACUUGUACAAACCUGUACAGCUUCGUGGUUGUAUUCUCGUAUUUUACUCUCUGGAAAUCUUGUGAUUGUCCCACUGCUUUCAAGGCUGUGUUUUUUCCAAGUUACAGGUGCUUCUCCUCAACAGAGUUUGGGGGAGUAUGUGAAUGUUGCUUUCUCUGUAGAUCACAAAACAAAAGUAGUUCUACAUUUACCCCAGAAUACUGAUAUGGGAACUCCCAUUAGAAGAUUAUCACCGUCAGAGCUUCAACAUAGAAAUAUCAACAGUAAGGAUGGAGUUGACUACCCAAAAUUGGGUGGUCUUUCUGAAGAAUUUGCAGUUCUAAUGGACAUAAUAAUAUCAUCAGCUGUGAAAGGUACUAUGGCUAGCAUGGGUUUACGGCCUACAAAGGGAGUACUUCUUCAUGGCCCACCUGGAACUGGAAAGACUGCUUUAGCGCGAUUAUGUGCUCAUGAAGCUGGUGUAAACCUAUUCUCCGUCAAUGGGCCUGAAGUAAUUAGUCAAUAUUAUGGCGAAAGUGAACGGGCAUUGAACGAGGUCUUUGAUUCAGCGAGUCAAGCAGCUCCUGCCGUGGUCUUCAUUGAUGAGUUGGAUGCCAUUGCGCCUGCUCGUAAAGAUGCAGGUGAAGAGCUUUCCCAAAGAAUGGUAGCUACAUUGUUAAACUUGAUGGAUGGAAUAAGAAGAGCUGAUGGAGUACUUGUUAUUGCUGCAACCAAUCGACCUGACAGUGUUGAACCAGCUCUUAGACGACCUGGAAGACUUGACAGGGAAAUUGAAAUAGGCGUACCGUCUGCCAGACAACGGUAUGAAAUACUACAUACACUGAUGAGUGAAAUGGAACAUGCUCUUCUGGAAAAGGAUGUUCAAGACCUUGCAACAGCUACGCAUGGUUUUGUGGGCGCUGAUCUAGCUGCUCUGUGCAACGAAGCAGCUUUGCAUUGUCUUCGUGAACAUGUUGAGUCAAAGACAUGCUUUGGCAAUACUCAUAGUAAACCUUCAAUUCCAGCAUUUGAUGGACGCCUUGGCAGGAAUGGUACCCAUUGCUUGCGAGAUAAUAAAGACCUCUCUUCUGACUGUGAUUUCGAGGGUGCAUCUUCAUCUAUUUCAGAAGCAUGUAUCUCAUCAGAUAUUCCUAGAGACUUUACUUGCAUGGAACAAACAGACACUCUUAGGAUCACUUAUAAGGAUUUUGAAAAGGCUAGAAUGAAAAUAAGGCCAAGUGCCAUGAGAGAGGUUAUACUUGAGGUUCCAAAGGUAAGCUGGAAUGAUGUUGGAGGACAGAGGGAGGUGAAGAUGCAGCUCAUAGAAGCUGUUGAAUGGCCUCAGAAACACCAGGAGGCUUUCAAGCGCAUUGGCACUCGUCCCCCUACUGGAGUUUUGAUGUUCGGUCCUCCAGGAUGCAGCAAAACAUUGUUAGCUCGUGCAGUUGCUUCCGAAGCAGGGUUGAACUUUCUUGCAGUGAAGGGCCCUGAGCUUUACAGUAAAUGGGUGGGGGAAUCAGAAAAAGCUGUCAGGACUUUAUUUGCAAAGGCUAGGGCAAAUGCUCCCUCAAUUAUAUUUUUUGAUGAAAUAGAUGGCCUUGCUGUUGUACGUGGCAAAGAAAGUGAUGGGGUUUCUGUGGCAGACCGGGUCAUGAGUCAACUUCUUAUUGAAUUAGAUGGUUUGCACCAGAGAGUUAAUGUCACUGUUAUUGCUGCAACAAAUCGGCCAGACAAGAUUGACCCUGCUCUUCUAAGACCAGGACGCUUUGAUCGAUUGCUGUAUGUCGGACCUCCAGAUAAAAAAGACAGGGAGGCAAUAUUCCACAUACAUUUGCAGAAGAUGCCAUGCAGUUCUGACAUAUGCAUUAAAGACCUAGCUCGGCUAACGAGCGGCUGUACUGGUGCUGACAUAUCUAUGAUAUGUCGUGAAGCAGCUAUUGCAGCAAUUGAAGAAAGCCUUGAUGCCUCUGAAAUAACAAUGAAACAUCUGAAGGCCGCCAUUAGACAAGUGCCUCCAUCUGAAGUUCAUUCAUACCAAGAAUUAUCAAAUAGGUUUCAGAGGCUUGUGCACUCAAACUCUGUGAAAGACGAUUAGUGUCACCAAUGAUUGCUAAUACAGAUCACGUCGAAUUCCAUGCUGGUGUAAGAUAGAUGCUAAAAUUUUGCCUAACAGAGUUGUGGAUGCAGCAAGUGAAGCAAUUGAGUGCAAGUGGUUAGUUUCUCCUCAGCCAUCUAGAUUAUGAUUGGAGUCUUUGCACAGAUGGAUGCUGUUGCCAUUGUUUACAUAUGCUGCCUUUCACGAAUCUGCAUCCCAUUUUAGCUCCAGAAAUAUACAGCAGGAAGAACUUGACAUAUUUGGAAUUGAUCUCCAAAAGUUGUUGAUUUAGAUGCAUCAAAGGAGAGUCCUUUCUGUAUAGUGAAGGUCAUGAACAUCUGGUUGCAGAAGCCAUGAAUAGCAAGCCAGAAUGAGUUGUUUCGGUCACUACAGCGAGGGCAAUGUUUCAGGAAUUGAUAUUUCAGUCUGAUCCUUCAACAGAUCGUUUGCAUUCAAGGCUUCCAUGCUCAUGAAAUGUUUGAUGUGAUGCUGGUAUUAAGUAGAUAGAGAGGGAGCUCUCCACCAUUGGUAUACUUCUGGGGUUUGACAAGAAAACCAGAUAUCUGCAGCAUAUAAAAUGCGGUUUCAUUCAUUCAUUCAUGAUAUCUUGUGUAUUAUGCAUAAACAUUUCUUGUAAGCUAUAUAGAACCAAAAGUGGGUUUACACUAAUAUUCCGUUUGAUUGGUGAUGUCUUUCGCAUCCUUUAUAUGCAAGCCAAGUCACAGAUUAGGUAAUGUUGAAUGGUGAUGUUUUCACUAGUGGAUUGUCCAAUUUGGAAGCAGGUAUCUUAAAAAGAUGUUGCUAGUGACCAUUUCGCAUUGCACAUAGCGGCAUAAUCCUUGUUAUUAUUA